AUGGCUUCACCAGUAAUUGAGCGAAAAAUAAGACCGGUAGUCAGUGAUGAAAUAGCUAGAAAGCUAGUAGAAAAAUUAUACGGAUUGAAAGUGAAAAAUAUUCAAGAGUUGAAUAGUUAUGAUGAUAAAAAUUAUCGAAUACUUUGCGACCCCGAAUUUGAAAACCCACAUGUAAAAAAGAUUAAUCAUGACGGAUAUGUAUUGAAGAUUAUGAAUUCAAUAGACUCUAAAGACAAAAGUUGUAUUGAAGGGCAAAAUGAAAUGAUGUUGUAUUUAAAUAAAUGCAAUAUAGCUUGUUCCGCGCCUAUAAAAAAUAUCCAUGGUUCUUACUAUUCCUUGGAAAAACUGAAAAAUGAAGACAUUGCUGAACAUAUCGUACGCUUGUUGGUUUUUUGCCCUGGAGAAAUAUUAUACAAUGCUAAAGUAACGAAAGAACUACUUUUUGAUGUAGGAAAAUUCGUAGCUACUUUAAAUGAAGCACUCCGUGGAUUUUCUCAUAGUUCUUUUACAAAUCGUACUCAUUUAUGGACUCUUAUGGAAGUACCACGAUUGCGUGAUUAUUUGUUUGUUAUUAAAGAUGAAAGUGAUAAAGUAUUACUGGGAGAUGUAAUUAAGAGAUUUGAAAAAGAUGUUAUCGGUAAUCUUAAUCAAUUAGAUAAAGGUAUGAUUCAUGGCGAUUUAAAUGAACAGAAUAUUUUGAUAAAUUCAGAACAAAAUAAAGUCAUAGGGAUUAUUGACUUUGGUGAUACUCAGUAUUCGUACUUGGUAUUUGAGUUAGCAAUAACUUUGUGUUAUAUGAUAAUACAAGCUUGUGAUAUAGAAGCGGGAAAAUAUCUUAUUAGCGGAUAUCGAACUAAAAAGACAUUAUCAAAUUUUGAAAAAAGUAUCUUAAAAACGGCUGUUUGUGCUCGUUUGUGUCAAAGCUUAAUUUUAGGAAUUUAUUCACAUUUAAAUGAGCCCCAAAAUAAUUAUUUAACGGUUACACAAAAACCAGGAUGGAAAAUUAUUCGAGAACUUUGGGUAUUUGAGGAUGAUGAUGUUAUGAAAAUAUGGGAACUUUGA